AUAUCUGUAUUGCGACUAUGGAAGUUGCCUACAAACAAAUGGUGAUGGUGCAAAACACAUAUUGGGGAAAGUAACCAUAGUAACGCAGCACAAACAAUAAAAUAGUAGAAAUGUACCCAACUUAGAAUGGUUUGAAGAAGUUUUUGCUUGUGUUUAUUUUGGAGAUUCAUCAUUAGAAUUCAUUGAUGAGGCAAUUACCUUCAAUGGAAGAUGCCUAGGAAACGACAAGUAACGAAUACAUCUCACGAUUUGCCAGGUUACCAAAAUAUGACAGAAAUCGAAGUCCUGUCAAAUUUACCCUUGCAGAUGGCUUUAUAUUUCAAUGUUGUAUUUGCACCGGUAUGGGUUAUAAUAACUAUUUUAUUCCUAGAAAGAAAUUAUCAAUCCUACGAAGAACUCAACAAAUAUGUGACAGUUACUAUUAUAGCUACUAUAUUUUUUGUGGAAAUUUUGAGAUUGUUUCUUGGAUAUGAAGGGAAUUUGAAGGAUAAGAUACCAGAACUUGCCGGUUUUUGGAUGCUGUCAUUGUUGCUUCAACUACCGAUGCAGGGAUAUCUACUAUUUAAUCCACACUCUCGGAUGUAUAUUUUAGAAAUAGUUGUACAGAGUAUAAUGUUUAUCUUGUUGAUAAUUCAACUUGUGGCGGGGUACUGGGCAAUGAAGUAUACUGCAGUACAACAAACUAAUUAUUAUAAGCUCCAGAAUAGUCAGAAAACUAGUAACAAACAAUCUGAAACUGUCAAUGAUGAUUAAAUAAUUGAGACUUUACAA